UGGCAUGUGGAGGGAUCCCCAAAGGAGUGGACAACGGGUAUUUCUCUCAUCGGCCAGGAGACAACUGAGUCGCAGCAUCUCGGGGAUGGCGACCCCCACCGGCGGGACCAGCGCGACGAAUCCAUUCGAGGUGGUGACACCUCAGUCGACGCCAACCAACAAAAGGCCGCGACCGGAGGAAUUGCUCAAUGACAAAAGUAAAAAGGUGGCACAUGAGGAAGACCUUAAGGACAUCUUCAAGAAACUUAGACCUACUUUGGAAGUUCUAGAACAGGAAAUUCGAAGCCUACUCCAGGCCGAGAAAUUAAAGCAUAUUAAAGCUCGAAAUGGGUUGAUGAGGAAAGGAAAGACUGAAGUGCAUAAGGUCCUCUAAAAGGAUACCCGAGGAGAAGAUCAAAUCAUAUGUUCAGGAGCAAAAAGAGCCCAGCACCAAGUGGUAGGGCGAAUCGUGUUUGGGAAAUAUUGUCCGAUUGCGUUCGGACGUAUGACAAUCGGCACUCCUUUUGAAUAUUAUAUUAAAGUGCGCCUUUCGAGUUGGGUCAGAGAGGUGAAGCUUUGUUAGGUGUUAGAAAACACUCAUCGGCGACGGAUCCAUUUUUCGUUGAUACUGCAUACAAUCAAAUUGAGAAUCAAAAGGACUCAAAUGAAAAGCCCUCUACGAAAGCGCGUAGGCAUAAGGAGGAAUCGCGAGGUAAAAAAUCACGACCUUCCCUUCUAUGAAUGUCGAUGAAGAGGGAAAAAUUAGAAAUAUUUUCCCGCAAACACAACCGCUCAAAAAGUCUCUCCGAUGGGACUGCCGUAUGCUUUGCAAUACGCGUGAUAGGACCGCUAUCACAAAAGUUGGCAAAGUUUUCAGUUUUUUACUUUUUGUGUUAUUAGUUCUUAAUUUUGACAUUUGAUUUCAUCAUUCGCUGGGUAACAAUGCAUUAUAGUAGUAUUAAAACAAUAAUAAGCGAUUUGCAUCGUAGUAUCGUGAAUAUAAUCGGGUAUAGUGUUUUACUUUCUGUUCCUCAACCCUUUACCUGGUCUCAUGUUAUCAUCAUUUCAUCCGUUCGCUCACAGUUUAAGCUGAGUAGGAUAGUUGUGCGAGGAUUCUUUUUGGUAUGUAGCAGUUGCUAACUUUUUUAUCUCCAAUUUUAAUACAUUUAAUCCAUUUGUUAGAAUGUUACGCCCAGACUGCGGAGCUUCCCACCGAUGAGUGAUCUCGAUACCCCAUUGAGAUGGUCUGCACUCCUCGUAUUUUGAGUUUAGUCCUAUCUUUCAGGAACUCAAAUCAAUGAUUCAAUUGCGUUUGAUGCCAAAUUUCACAGAAUUAAUGGCAUUUUUCAAAAUUUUAGUCCAUAUAUUCUGUGUGAUUUUGCAGUGCCCUCACUAAAUGACGCGUAACCCUUCAAUUAUUAGUUUAGUCCAAAGACCUCGUAGGAACUUAAAUUAA